GUGAGAGCUGUGAUCAGGCUUCUGGCAGGAAAUCGGUUGUCCACGACAAAAGGUGUUACGCCAUACCGCGUCGAUGUCUGUGGCAACAGGCCUCGCGAUGCAGCGCCAGUUCUGGCAAUCCAAGCAUGCUGCUGGCCCUGCCGGACAACGCGUUGGUGCGCGUGUUGGCCCUCCUGCUGCCCAGAGAGUUCUUCAGCCUCCGCCUCCGAUUGGUGUGUCGGCGGCUCCGGGACCUUUGCCUCCACCCAAACGUUUGGCGCUCCAUUCGCCUCCGUGGCGGUCACAAAGGCCUUCUGAAAGCCACGCUGAGACUUGCCCCCUGCCUCCACAAAAUCUAUCUGCCCUCGUCGAAUCUUCAGGCUGCGGCCUGUGCCAUUUCCAACACUAAGUGCGUCGUCACUAAACUCGCGCUGGCCGUUCAAACUGAGUUCGAAGCUGCCUGGGCCACCGCCAUGGUUCUGAAGUUCUCCACUCUGGCCGGCUUCAGGAAGAUCUCCCCAGAUCUGUUCCGUGGCGCCACCGAUGCUUUGCCUCCCCUUCUGCGGAUGGUUAACAGCGUUCAAGACCUGCGCGUGUUGCGUGUGUGGGGCUACUCAGACGCAGAGCUACCGCCAUCUCUAUGGUCAGAUCUGGAGCCGAGACCUUCCCUAACUAAGCUUAAGUACGAAUAUGCCCCUUCUCCUUUCCUUUGUCUGUUACUGGAGACCCACGCGGCCACACUUGAAGAGGUCGUUCUGUUCGUGGAUGAGCUCCCCACAUCUCGCUUGGGAAUGAUGCCUAGGUUACGCUCCCUGACUUGUCGCCCAUCCGGUGACCUGUCUCAGCUGAAAAAAUUAUCCAGCCUGGAAACACUUGAGCUCUAUGGGUUUCCAGAGAAAAACAUGUGUUUUCCUGGUGCGGAGGAGUUCCUCCUACAGGGCCCCAGCUUGCGAUCUGUGUCAUUCGACUCCGAAUCGUACUGCCGGGUUCCCAGCUCUUCUCUCCUGAGGGCUUUGGCCAAAUCGCCGUCCACCCCCGUUCUGGAAAGGCUGUCCUUACGAUGCGUGGAGGACUUGCCUGUGGCCGCGGCACUUCAGCGGUUCUCAUCCGCGAAAACUGUCACCACGAUGGCACAGGUGAUCCAGCGCAACAAACACCAUUUUGUAACUCGGCUGCCUCGUUUUGAACCUCCGGCCGGCCAUGGCGUUCGGACCCACCGUCAUUACAUCGGUCGCUGUGUGUCAAUGAAGCGCCUCUUGCUCAAGUAGUCCGUCGCGCAGGAGAUCGCCUGCCGGCUAGGCAACCCAACGUGCUCCUCCGAGUGGCAAGCACGAUGAGUUGCCUAUCCGCACGGCGCUCGCAGCCGGUGGCCGCAGAAGCACAGAGA